UUGAAAGGAACCACAAUGUCUGCUGUCAUCUCUGAUAGUCCUCCAAACCCAAGCUGCAAAAUCAUGACUUUUAGGCCUUCGAUGGAUGAAUUCAGGGAGUUCAACAAAUACUUAGUGUACAUGGAAUCACAAGGUGCUCAUAGGGCUGGAGUUGCAAAGGUUAUCCCACCGAAAGAGUGGAAGCCAAGAAAACAUUAUGAUGAUAUUGAAGAUUUGGUGAUUCCUGCUCCAAUUCAGCAGAUGGUCACUGGCCAGUCGGGGCUUUUCACACAGUACAACAUUCAGAAAAAGCCAAUGACAGUAAAGGAGUUCAAGCAAUUGGCCAACAGUACCAAAUACUGCACCCCAAGAUACGUAGAUUAUGAAGAUCUGGAGCGUAAAUACUGGAGGAACUUGACUUUUGUGGCACCAAUUUAUGGAGCAGAUAUCAAUGGGAGCAUUUAUGAUGAAGGUAUCAAGGAAUGGAAUAUUGCUCAUCUUAACACAAUAUUGGAUGUUGUAGAAGAAGACUGUGGAAUUUCUAUUGAGGGUGUAAAUACACCCUAUCUGUAUUUUGGCAUGUGGAAAACAACAUUUGCAUGGCACACAGAAGACAUGGACCUCUACAGUAUUAAUUAUCUCCAUUUUGGGGAGCCAAAGUCAUGGCAA